CCGGGUGGCUCAGAAGGAGCCCGAGGGACAGCCCCCACCCCUCCUCCGCACUUCCUCCUCCCCCUCCCCUCUCCCCGCCUCCCCCGCAGCCUCUUUUAAUCCCGGCCUUCCUCCCCGACGCAGAGCAGUCCGGAGAGCUGAACUCCCGCUCCGUCGGACACCCCGCGGCCGCGAGCUCCUCAUCCGGGACGCGUCUUGGCGCGGAGCCGGGAGCUGGGAUCAGGUGGGAGCUGCAGGUGAGAGCUGCAGGUGAGAGCGAGGGAGCAGCACCUCCGCGGCCAGCGCCCGCCCCAAGGCUCAGAAGCACGCGAGGCUCCCUGCGGGCACCCCUCUCCCGGAGCAGCGGAACAGAUCCCGACGUGAGCUGCAGCUAAGCUCCCCCCCGCCUUGGAAGGAUGGAAGCCCAGGAGAGUGCUGUCCAGUACAGCCGAUGGAGCAACAGCCAGGAUGAGGUCAGCAUGAACGUGUCCGCCUCGGAGAGCUCGGGCUGUGAGCGGAUCUACACCAAGCUGUGCACCGGGAAGCUGGGCAUUGCCCUGAAGUUGGUAGGCGGAAUCAUUCUGUUCUGGGUCAUCUUCAUCAUCGGCUAUGUCACCGGCUACUACGUCCACAAGUGCAAGUAGCCCUCGUCUGAGCUGCUGGACAACUUUGCAAGCCUCCGACCGCCCAGAGACCUCUUGCUUCCUGGCUCGGACCACCGGGACAGACUGGCCCCCGGGGGCACAUCCACCUAUAGAUAUAGACACCCACACCCACACAUAUACAUACAGGGACAGAUCUAUGGACAAAUACUGAGGCCCUUUUCAAAGAAAGAGAAACACAUUCAUUCCUAGUGUGGAAGGCACACACUGGACAGGGGAAGAGAUGCACGGACACUAACACAGAGACCCCCACACACAUCUCUCUUCCCCCCGGCCCAGGAUAGAACUCCAGACCAAGCCAUUUACAUCCCGUCCUUGCCCUGCCGCAUCCCACCCCGAGGGGGAGGCUCACAUUAGUUACCAAAGCCCAGGACUGUAUCCCCUACUCAUCCCUUCCUCCUCGCCGACCAGAUGACCGCUUCUUUCAGACCUGCGACUGCCCUGAACAGCCAGAGGUCUGAGAAAGAUGGGAGGAGCCAGAACCCGGUUUUCUCCCUCAGAAACCCCUCUGCAAUUCUGGUUUAUGUUCAGAACAGGAGUCAGACCCAGGAUUUCUCUCCAUCCUUGGUAAGAGCAAGAUCCUGACUGGAGGGAACCAUUCAGUUAGGGAAAGCCACACAAGGAACCAUUAACCAACCGGGGCUCAGAACCCAAAGCAAAACAACUCUUAAGGUUUAAUUUUUGUCCAACCCUAGGUGUGGGGGGGGGGGGGGAUGACAAAAUCUGCCUCCCAUUUUCUGGGACCCCUCCCUGCCCUGCCCCAGAUCCCCACUCUAUUUCUUGAGAAAUUCAAUCCACUUUGAGUCCGAGUUCUACAUAUAUCUGUUGAGGAAGAGAAAGACAAGUGGCCCUUUUAUCUCCAGCAAAAAUUUUUAAAAAGGCAAUAUCAGGUAUGAGGAAAGAGGUUCUUGCUUCAAAACCUGACUCUCUCCCUUUUAUGUGUGAGGAUGGAAGUUCCUUUUCAUCUCUAAAUACAUGCAGUCCCAGCAAAGCCAAAAAUUGCCCAUGAUCCCUGGGGAUCAGCAGGGAAAGCCAUAGCUUUACCCCCAGUGUCUGUUACAGCUCCUCCCCUAGGACCACAGGCCCCCAGCUAUAUCACUGGCCCUCUUAUGUGUGUGGGGGAUGCAAUCAUUCUGGAGCCAUUGUAAGAGGUGUCCCCGCUAAAGUUCUUCCUUUGCCCCUCUCCCCUGGAUUUGCCCUCAAUUGCUGCACAAAGUCCCAGGGAAUUCUAUCCCCUGGCCUGCCCCGAAGGAAGAAAACCCCAGUGAAUCCGAGUUGGGGGUCUGAUCUCUCUGAUGGCCCCUAGUCGCAGGUGCACAAAGAUUUCUGGAGCCAGGAGAAAGCCGUCUCCAUCCUGAGGAGCCUUCCCUCCUGAUCCGUGACCUUACCCACAAGGCAGAGGCUGAGCCACGGAGGACUGGGGCGUUCCGGGGGUUGAGCCCCAACCUCUAACCCCCCUCCCCGCCACCUUCUCGUGCCUUUCCAGAGAGGCAGAAUAAUGAGGCCUUGGACUGGAAGGAUUCUUUCUUAAUAAACACCACUUGUGUGACCUCAA